GGGGUCGAGCUGCACGGGCAUUCAGCCUUUUCUCUCGAGCCUGAACUCGGAAAAAAAAGAGUCACCAUGGUUGAGUGGACUGAUCAGGAGCGCACCAUCAUCAACGGAAUCUUCGCCAGCCUGGAUUAUGAGGACAUCGGACCAAAAUCGCUGAGCAGGUGUCUGAUUGUCUACCCAUGGACUCAGAGGUAUUUCGGCGCCUUCGGCAACCUCUACAACGCUGAGGCCAUCAAGACCAACCCAAACAUUGCAGCCCACGGCAUCACGGUGCUGCACGGUCUGGACCGGGCUCUGAAGAACAUGGACAACAUUAAGGCCACCUAUUCAGAUCUGAGCGUGCUGCACUCCGAGAAGCUGCACGUCGACCCCGACAACUUCAAGCAACUGGGUGACUGCCUGACCAUCGUCAUCGCCGCCAAAAUGGGCAGCGCCUUCACAGCAGAGAUGCAGGCUGCCUUCCAGAAGUUCCUGGCCGUUGUGGUGUCCGCUCUGGGAAGGCAGUACCACUAGAUCACCCACAACAGAACCCCAGAACGUAGGCCUGAGGCGUUUUCUGUUUCCCCUCCUAAACAAAGAAAUAAAAACACACUGAUGCAAA